AUGCCUUCAUUUGCGGAUAGUUUUUGGUCAGAAGAUUUAACUUCUGGGUUAGAGAAAUUAUUUAACCAAAUGUAUCAUGGGAAUGACCAGAAUAAUUUGUUUAUUCAAUUGUUUGCCUCUAGAAUGCAAUUCGAAGUAAGUUAUGGUCGUCAAUUGUAUACAAUAAAUGAUAACAUUGAAAAUUUGGAAGAAUUUCAUUUGAAAUCUGAAUUCUAUACGACAGAUUCUGCAUUCAGCCAUUUAUUAAAUAAGAUGUCUAAUGAAGGAGAUUAUCAUUUAAAUAUUGCUUCCAAUAUUGAAAUUUUAGUCUUGAGACCAUUCUCUAAAUGGUGUAAAGAACAUCACGAUAGAAUUAAAUAUUCUGAAAAGACUUUGAAAAAAAGUGUUGAAAAUUUUAAGAAAUCCAAAACGAUGAUUAAUAAACUAGAAACUGAAUAUUUCAAUAAAUGUAGAUCUUUGGAAGAUUUUAAAAGAUUAAAUUUUAAUGAAAAAGAUUUGGGUGAUACAGUUGAAACAUUGAAAUUAUUUGAGAAGAAAAAUCAACAAGUUCAAAAAGAAAAUGAUCAUAAAAAAUUUGCUACUUUAGCUUCUAUUGAUUUUGAUUAUAUAACAAUGAGACAAACUUUAAAAUUAUUAUUAUUGGAUUUACCCAAAUCAGAUUAUAAAUUACCUUUUUUGAAAUUUACAAUAACAAAUACAAACAAUGGUAAUGAAAUUACGAAUUUUCUCUUGGAACAAAUGUCAUUAAAGGAUGUGGAACAAGCUGAACAGUUUGGUCAAGAUUUAUUAAAUCUUGGGUUUAUUAAAUAUUGUAAUGGGGUUGGUAAUUCUUUUGCUAAUUCUAAAAAAUUUCAGUUCCAAUGGAAGCCUUAUGCUUAUAAAUUUGCUAAUAUCCAAAUUCCUGAUUCACAAUCCAUUUCAUUUACUACUACUGCUGCUACUGCUGCUACUCCUACCGUUACAACUAGUACGAAAAGAUCUACAUCUGAAUCAGGUUCUCUUGAUUCUAUAUCCUUAUCAACAACUAUAACACCAACACCACCAUCUACUAAUGCAACUUCCACACCAAAUGGUAAAGCUACAGAUAUAAAUAUUGAUAAUGAUAAGAUAAAUUCAGAAACUGUUAUUGAAUAUCAUAAACCUAAACCUAAAAAUUCUCCUGUCCCUAUUUCUGAUGAUUUAUUGGCAUUAAUGACUAAACAUGUUAGUGAAAAGGAGAAUACCUUAUUUAAGUUGAUUAGAGAUGUUGAUAAAUCUGAUAACAAAUACUUUGAAGAAUGCUUUAAAAUGGAUGAUUUACGUUGUUCCAUUGAAGAAUUAAUGAUUGAUCAUUUAUCCUUUAUGGAAAAAUGUGAGAUUGAUAGACUAAAUGCUAUUAAAAAGGCAACUUUUGAUUUUUGUUCCAUUAUUGGUAAUAAAGUUAUAUCAUUAAAGACAUGUAUUGAAGGAAUGAUGGAAGCAGAAAAUUCUAUUGAUACUACAAAGGAUUUAUUAAAUAUGAUCUUAGAGAAUCAUACAGGUACAUUCCAACCAAAAGUAAUUACAUAUAAUAAUUAUUAUAAUCCUGGUAAUUAUCAAAAUUUUGGUAUUGAUUUAGAAACAAGAUGUAGAUUAGAUAAGAAAGUUGUACCAUUAAUCAUUUCUACCAUACUAUCGUUUAUGGAUCAAUUAUACCCUGAAAUGUCAAAUGAUAAGAUUAGAACUUCCACCUGGACAUUACCUGUAAAAUUAGCAGAGACACAUAAAUUACGUUCUAUUUUAAAUGAAAUACCAUUUACUGAUAAUAAUCAAGUAUUAAAUAUCUUGAGAGAAUCUCAUUCUGAGCCAACUACUAUUGCAAGUGUAUUAAAGAUAUAUCUAUUAGAAUUACCUGAACCAUUGAUCACGAAUAAUAUUUAUGAUGUAUUGAAAGUAUUAUAUAAUGAUUAUCCACCUACUAGAGAAACCUCUACAGAGGGGAAAUCCAUGAAUAAAAAAGUUGAAAAAAUUUCAGAAAAGAUAUCAGAGGAAAAUGAACGUCGUGAUAAUGAAAAUGAUGAUGAUGCUAAUGAUGAUGACGAUGAUACAACUGCAGUAGAUGAUAUAAAGCCGGAUAAUAAAUCUAACCCACGUAGUUUCUCUGAUGCAAACUCUGAAAGUGGAUUAUUAUUAGAAAAUAAAGAAGUCCAAGGAUCCAAAGAACAUGUGGAUCAAAAAAAAAUCGAUGAUGAUAGGAUUAAAGGGUUAUCAACGAUCCUUACGUCCUUGUCAAAACCUCAUAUAGCCACUUUGGAUGCUAUAAGUACUCAUUUUUAUCGAUUAAUAAAGAUUAUUAAGAUGGGUGAUGAUGGGGAAAAAUUGGCCAAAGAUUUCAAAGAUAAGAUAUCGCAAGAGUUUGCCAAUUGUAUCAUUAAGAUUAAUAAACCUGAUGAAUUGGAUUUAGGGUGUAAGAUAUUUUAUGAUUUAUUAACGAAUAAGAAGCAAAUCUUUAGAGAAUUGAAGAAGAGCAAAGAUAAAUAG